CUUAUUAUUCGGUGCGUCGGUAAACGCCGCCCGGGUCCGGCCUGCCUGCCUGCCUGCCUGCCUGCCGGGUCGACUUUAUUCGCGUCGAGUGUCGACGCACGCUUCGUGGCUUCCUGACCUCGCUUCGUCUCUCUCUCUCUCCCCUCCCCCCUCCGAUCGCCGAAAUGGAUUUGGGGGAUCGGCCGUGGCGCCGGCGGCGCCUCCUCGCCGUCGCCGUCGUCUUCCUCUACCUCCUCGCCUCCUCCCACUGCAUCGACGCCGAUCGGACGGUCGGGUGGAGGAGGAAGAGGCCCAAGCACGAGAUCAAGGGCCCAAUCAAGACAGUCGUGGUGCUCGUGAUGGAGAACCGGUCGUUCGAUCACAUGCUCGGCUGGCUCCGCUCCAAGGGCGGCCGACCAGACAUCGACGGCCUCACCGGCCGAGAGUUCAACCGCCUCAACGCCUCCGACCCUUCAUCUCCUGAGGUCUUUGUCUCCGACGGCGCCACCUUCGUCGACUCUGACCCGGGACACUCCUUCCAGGCGAUUCGGGAGCAGAUCUUUGGGUCCGAGGACACCUCUGCGUCGCCGGCCCCCAUGAACGGCUUCGCGCAGCAGGCUGAGAGCAUGGGUGAGGGCAUUUCCGGUACCGUCAUGCGCGGCUACUCCCCCGAGGACGUUCCUGUCUUCUCCGCCCUCGCGGAGGACUUCGCUGUGUUCGAUAAGUGGUUCGCCUCCGUCCCGGCCUCCACCCAGCCCAAUCGCUUCUAUGUUCACUCGGCGACAUCUCAUGGUGCCACCAGCAACGUGCGCCGGGAUCUCAUCCAUGGCUUUCCCCAGAAGACCAUCUUCGAUUCUCUCGACGAGGAAGGGCUCAGCUUCGGCAUAUACUACCAGAACAUACCUGCUGUACUUUUCUACAAGAGCCUUCGCAAGCUCAGCCACCUUACUAAAUUCCACAGCUACAAACUCGCCUUCAAGCGGCACGCCAAGCUGGGCCGCCUGCCCAAUUACGUAGUCAUCGAGCAGCACUACUUCGACGUGAAGCUGUCCCCAGCUAACGACGACCAUCCCUGCCACGAUGUCGCCAGGGGACAGAGGCUUGUGAAGGAAAUAUAUGAGACCCUUCGAGCGAGCCCGCAGUGGAAUGAGACAGCCCUGCUCAUCACCUACGAUGAACAUGGUGGGUUUUACGACCAUGUGCCUACUCCCGUCACAGGGGUGCCCAAUCCGGAUGGUAUCAUUGGCCCUGAUCCCUUUUAUUUCAAGUUCGAUAGAUUGGGGGUCAGGGUUCCCACUCUCCUCAUCUCCCCUUGGAUCGAAAAACAAACUGUGAUCCACGAACCUAAAGGGCCUUACCCAGAUUCACAGUUUGAGCACUCUUCCAUUCCCGCAACUGUAAAGAAAUUAUUCAAUCUGAACUCCAAUUACCUCACAAAGAGGGAUGCUUGGGCUGGAAGUUUUGAGAGCUACUUCAAUCUCCGGAAGACGCCACGAACUGAUUCUCCAGAGAAACUUCCUGAAGUAGACCUACUUAGGCCAUUUCCAGCUAGGGAGGAUAAAGUUCUCUCCGAAUUCCAGAUGGAGUUGAUCCAACUUGCUUCUCAACUCAAUGGAGACCAUGUGCUCAAUACCUAUCCGGACAUUGGCAAGGACAUGACUGUUGGCGAAGCGAACAAGUAUGCAGAGGAUGCAGUCGCAAGGUUUCUCGAAGCCGGCAGGGCUGCGCUGAACGCCGGAGCAAACGAAUCCGCCAUUGUUAUGAUGAGGCCUGCUUUGACUAGCAGGACCAGUGGGUGGCCGUCUGAUGAGGCUGUUCAAAUCGUCUAAUCCUUACACGAUACGCAAAUGUCAUUAGUUCUUUUGUAUAUUUUGGUAGUUUUUCCCACUGGAGUUAAAGAUUUGCUAAGAAGCUCGCUUUCUAAUGCUAAAUGGGAUGGGAUGGGUCUGGGCCAUACCCUGUUUAUACAUAACAUGGCUUUGCUAUAUACAUAUAUCUAUAUAGGUGAUUUCAUGUACAUGCUCUUCCAAAUUUGUGACGACUGACGCGGAUGAUUAUUCAAGAUUUUUAUCGUCAGACAUUUUUAUA